AGAUUCGAAAGAAAAAUGUGUCCAAUUUAGAGUUGAAAAACUAGUGGUCAUGCAGAUGAAGGUCCAAUUUGGAGAAGCCGUGACCACCACUCAUUACAAAUAGAACCAAAUCUAGCAUCCCAAUCCAUUCUCACCCUUAGCUUUUGUUCCCCUUGGGAACAAAAACACUAUGCAAAAUUGUUCUGUCACAAAUUCUUCCUUCACCAACUACUACUCUCUUUUCUUCCUGUUCAUCUUCCUCCUAUGGCCAAGAUUCUGCUUCAAUAACUCCUUUUUAUUCUACUUCACUGUUUUGUCAACAAAAAAAAUAAAUAUCAAUUCCAUUUAAGUCAUGACUUCUUCGUACUCUUUAUCUUCCAUUAGAAACUCUACUAAAUUAGUACCUCCCAAUUCUUAUCUUUUCUUUCCAAGACAGACGCUUGGUGUGUUUUCCAAUGAAACUCAAUUUCCCAAGAAAGAUUUUCUUAUACUCAAGCCCCAAAUUUCUUCUUCUUUUUUAUUUUUGAGACUGAAAAAAUCCAGCUUUACACUCCCUUUUGCUGCCUUAUCAUCUUUUGCUGAAUCAGAAGGUGAUAAAAAAGAUGAGAACUUUGAAAUCAGAUCCCACCAAGAAAAUGUUGUUUUCUCUGAGGAUAAUGAAGUUAACUUGCCUGGAAUGGCACAAGCUUUUCACAUAUCUUCAAGCACAGCUUCUGCAAUAUCAAUAUGCAUUGCUUUAGCUGCACUUAUUUUGCCAUUUUUCAUGAAGUCUUUGUGUCAAGGAUUGGGAUUUAAGUACAAGAUUUUGUCUUAUAUAACCAUCUUGUUUGGUUUUUACAUGGCUUGGAAUAUUGGAGCCAAUGAUGUGGCAAAUGCCAUGGGAACUUCAGUUGGUUCAGGGGCAUUGAGUCUCCGACAAGCCGUUGUCAUGGCUGGGGUUCUUGAAUUUUCAGGGGCACUGUUAAUGGGAACACAUGUUACCAAUACAAUGCAGAAGGGUAUUCUUGUAGCUAAUGUUUUCCAAGGAAAAGAUACUUUACUAUUUGCUGGUCUGCUUUCUUCUUUGGCUGCUGCAGGGACAUGGUUGCAGGUUGCAUCAUAUUAUGGUUGGCCAGUAUCCACAACACAUUGUAUUGUAGGAUCCAUGGUUGGUUUUGGUCUUGUUUAUGGGGGAACUGGUGCAGUCUUUUGGAGUUCACUGGCAAGGGUAAUUUCCUCAUGGGUGAUCUCACCUUUACUGGGAGCAGUGGUGUCCUUUCUCGUGUACAAAUGCAUCCGGAGGUUUGUGUACAGUGCUCGGAACCCAGGACAAGCAGCUGCAGCAGCUGCACCAAUUUCUGUCUUUCUCGGUGUCACUGGAAUCUCUUUCAUAGCUCUCCCUCUGAGCAAGACUUUGAGUCUAGCUCUUGGUCAGGCCAUAACCUGUGGUGCCAUUGGUGCGUUUACAGUUGAUAGGAUCAUCCGGGGCCAACUUGGCCACCUCCUGGCCAAGGCCAGUUCAAAAGAACCAGAACCAGAACUAGAAACUACUGAUACUAAAAACAUUGGAUUUCUUUCAGAUAUUGCAGGUCCUAAAGGAACACAACUGAAAAUAGUUUAUGGUGUUUUUGGCUACAUGCAAGUCUUAUCAGCCUGCUUCAUGUCAUUUGCUCAUGGUGGAAAUGAUGUCUCCAAUGCAAUAGGACCAUUGGCUGCAGCAUUAUCCAUUCUUCAGGGUGGGCUCAGCGCAGCUGAUAUUGUUAUUCCAAAUGAUGUUCUAGCAUGGGGAGGCUUUGGAAUAGUGGCAGGGCUAACAAUGUGGGGAUACAGAGUGAUUGCAACUAUUGGAAAGAAAAUAACAGAAUUAACACCCACCAGAGGAUUUGCAGCUGAGUUUGCAGCUGCAUCUGUGGUUUUAUGCGCGUCCAAGCUGGGCUUGCCAAUCUCAGGCACACAUACCCUGGUGGGAGCAGUCAUGGGUGUCGGUUUUGCUCGAGGAUUUAACAGUGUAAGAGCAGAGACAGUGAAAGAGAUUGCGACUUCCUGGGCAGUGACAAUUCCAGCUGGUGCUACCUUUGCUGUUAUUUACACAUGGAUAUUCACUAAGCUCUUGUCAUACUUACUCUGAGUGUAAGUUAACAGACAACACAGCACAACUUCUCGGUGUAUGUGAUUUAAUUAGGAAAUCACAUAAAUGGGCUUCCUGUCGUGAUUUGAGAACUGCAAUUUUUGAACCUCAUUGAUCCAUGAGCGAGAGUAAUAGUCCAUUCGUUUGGAUGAAGAAAAAGAAAUCUGUUUUGUUGUCCGUUUA